GUGGACUAAUCCCAUGGAAUCUAUGCGCAACCCAUACCUUGUCUUGCUCCGGUCCAUGUUCGUGUGCUGGGGGUGCAAUCGGACCAAUUGUCAGGAAUGGCGACCACCGAUCAACUCUAAAAGUUUAAUAACCUUUGCUGGAAUUGGGGGGCGUAUUGAGAGACAUCAUCGACGAUCGAUUUCACAAUUACCCCCCUCUCGCGAUCACCAUCGAGGGCAUCAUUGAGCAUGCGGCAUGACGUGUGUGGGUCGAUAGUGAUUAAUUCAAUGCAAAGUAGUGGA